AUGUCGGAUAGAUAUCAUGGAUCAGCAUACCGAAGUCGUGGCGGACCCUAUCGCGACGACCGUCGCUAUGCGCCAUCAAGACAUCCUCGAGAUGAGCACGACUACGCUGAUAGUCGGCCGCCGUACGACGCGCGCGGUUCGUACACUUCUUCGUACUACCCAGAGCCACGCGCAUACUCGGAACGACCGCACGCACGCAGAAUGCACAAAGCAAUUCCACCACCCCGUCCCUGGGACUACAGUCGUCGACCGCCGCCGCGAAACGAGCAGGAGAGGGCCGAAUUGGAGAGAGAACGAGAGGCGUGGGAGGCCAAGGAGGAGGAAAGGUAUCAGCAGCGCAUGGAGGAGAGGCAGCGCGAGAGGCAGAGGGAGUGGGAUCGAAGUGGAUAUUCCGCAUACGGCGCUUCAGGGAGAGACAGAGACGCCGAGGCGUACGAUAGAGAUCGAGCAAGACACGCUCCUCUUGGACCAUCUCGGGGAGCAAGAUCCAGAAGUCCGGGGUUGGAUCCUCGGUACGAGCAGAGAGGCUCCUGGGGAAGAACUUCAAUAGGCUCUUCAGAAGGCAGAGAGCGUGACGCAGUAGGUGCACAAGCGGACCGUCCAGAUGCAUCUGGCGCGUAUUCUGCUCGACAGUCUUCUCCGCCACCAACGUCAUCAUCCUCAGUAGCAGCACCCGCAGCGCCUGCCGCAGGCUCAACAGCACCAGAUUCAUCAGCAUGGGACCAUGCGCAAGUGUCUUCCACCACUGCUGCUACUGCAUCAUGGAAUGCCGACGCACCAGACAGCGCAAGCGCCUCCCGCUACAGACCCGCCUCGCCACACGCCACGCCACGCGGACCAGCACGUGACAACUCUGGCUUUAUCUCAACGCCACCCACAGGCCCUAGAGCGUCUCGAGGAGUUGCAUCAUCGCACGCGUCAUCCGCGUACCGCGGCCGCGAAGGUUCUGGUUCAGUCGGCGUCUACAGUGCUGGCUCGGAUCGAGAGCGCGAAGCGAGCAGCUACAUGAGCGCUUCCAACGGUCGCUACCGCGGGGUACGUGAUGGGGCGCCACCGAUGGGCGCGUACCGUGGUGGGCAUCCGUCGUUCGGUCGUGGACGUCGAGAUACGAUCGCGUAUGAUUCGCAUUACUCUGCUGGAGCGGAAGACGACCUUGGUUAUCGUAGCGGCUAUGGACAAGCACAUGCAGGAUCGUCUCCACACGAAAACUCGCCUUACUCUCCAUCUACUUGUACUGCGCAACACCAUCAUCUUGCUGCACCACGCUUAUCGCGUACUUCGUCGUCGCAGACUCCGACCACUCCGGCAUCAGCGAUACCCACAGGAGCGUCUGUAUCCACCUUGCCUUCGCCAUCGACGCUCGCUCCUGCACCGACCACCACACCCCACUUUUGCUCGGCUUACACGCUCACCCCGGAUCUCGACGCUGAAUUGCUCGCGCUCGAAAACCAACGUACCUCGUUCGUCUCGAAUUACCUGUUCGGUUCAAAGCGCUCCUCGUUGCGUACUGUCAGGCGUGAUCUUCGUGACGCAGAACUCGACUACUCGACAGCAGCCGCUCGACGAAGCGCCGCGGAACGAGCGUUGGAAAUCGCAAAGGAAACCGCAGAUGCAUACAGUCUCGAAGAAAACCGUAAGGACGAAUUACAACGCUUAAUCGCUCAACAGCUUCAACAGCAGCACUUGUCCCAGCAGCCCGCUCAACUUGUCUAA